UGUAUAUUUUGAUAUAUGUUAGUCAAAUAUUAUAGAUAAAUGAAUAAUAAACCUAAAUCAAUAGUUAAAUAUAUCAAUAUAGGCAGGAAAUUAACUUUAAACAGCAGUGUUUACGAGCAGGAUUUCCUAUAUAAACAGCAGCCAUUUGUAAAAUAGCGUUGCCUUCCCCUGAAUCUUGCGCUAUAAGUUAAUAAAGAAAGAACUUAAGAUGGCUGCUAUAGUAAAUGAGCAUGGUUGCAUCUGUUGGAAACAUCGCUAGUCUUCAUUUAUUAUUAAAAAGUUUUAAUUCAAUUGUUUGAAAACAGGUCAAGCUGCUGUUAACAUGUCUUGGACCAAGCCAGCCUGGAAUAAAGUUAGGAAUAGCAAAGGCCCUUUGAAAGGAAAUCAUUUAAAUCCAACCUCAUGUCAGAGCUCUGACACAUCAUUGGUUUUAGAGUCUACAACACAUUCAACUUCAAGCCCAGAGUUAACUAGACAUGGAACAAAACACUGUGCUGUAAAUACUCAAGCUUCACAAAGUGACAUAUUACACAUGAUAGAUCAAGCUGCUCAAUCUGGCUCACCUAAAGAAAUGCUUGAAUGUUUUAAUCAACUGAUACACACAGAGAACAAAGUUAACCAAGAAAGUUUGGACCAAGGUCUGCUUUUGUCUUGUAGGUAUGGUAGAGAGUUUUUGGUUCAUAUUCUGAUAUUUCAUGGUGCUAAUAUUGAGACAAGAGACAAAGAUGGCAACAAACCACUUUUGAUAUGUGCUGAGAAAGGUUUCACUGACAUAGCUCUGUUACUGGUUGAUAAAGGCGCUGAUAUCAACAGUUACAACAAAGACGGUGACACAGCGCUUUUACUUUCUAUUCAACCAUCCGGGUCUUCUCAUCUGAUUAGAAGACUUCUUGACAAACCAGAGUUAACAAUGGACCAUAAAAAUAAAAAUGGGUGUGAUGCUUUGAUGAAAGCCAUUGAAGUUUUAAACUUUCCAUUGAUGGACAUUUUGUUAAAAAAACAAACAGAUAUAAAUGCUUGUAGCAAUGUGUCAAACAGUGCCAGUAAACUAGUUGAACAUUUAGGCUUUGAAUCCUUAAUGCAUUAUUUGGUCCAAGAAACACAUGAUCCAAAAACAGCUUUAGAAAAAGCAGUUUUAAUGAAAGACAAAUACAUCAUUAAACUUUUGUUAGCUUGUGGACUUGUAGUCUUCGAUGAUAGCAACGGAGAAGAUAAGGAUAAUUAUAUAGUUUUUCUAUUUAUAAAAUCAAUACUUGAGAGUAAACAGGAAAUAACAGAAGAUGAUUUGUAUAUAAUUCAGAUUCUUAUAAAGGCUGGAGCUCCUAUAAAUUCUGUUUGUGGUAAUUAUAGCUUUGAUUGUAUUUUAACAUUAAGCAUAAGGAUAGGUUGCUAUAAUUUGGUAGAAAUGCUUUGUCGUCAUGGUGCAGAUGUAAACAAACAGAGUUACUAUAGCAAUAAAAGUCCCUUGAUCGUAGCUGCUGAGGUUGGUAGAUGUGACAUUAUAGACUUGCUACUUGACUAUGGUGCAAAGAUCAGCCAAGACUCAUGUCAAGCACUUCCGUCUGCGAUUGUGCUAGAGCAAAUAGAUAGUGCAAAACUUCUUAUAAAACAUGGUGCUAAAAUAGACGCUUCCGAAGCACUGACUUCUACUGUCAUGGGAAAUAAACUUGAAUCAUUUCAGCUUCUAAUUAAAGAAUUUAAGUCAGAUGUUCAUUCUCAGAUAAGGCAAAUAGGAACAAAAUUAUUAAACAUUGCAGCAAAAAAUGGUUAUAAGGAUAUGAUCAAACUACUAGUGGAAGAAGGUGCCAAUGUAAAUGGAAAUUAUUCUAAUCAAACUCCUUUAAUGUCAGCUACAGACCCCAGUAUUAUGGACUUCUUGAUCCAACUAGGCGCCGAUGUGAAUAUCACUAUUGAAACAAGGUGGAAUUCAUAUUCAGCUCUUACUUUUAUACUGACCCAUUGUGAAAGGGGGCAAGCAAAUUGGGUGAACAUCCUCAUUAAAAACGGAGCAGAUGUAAAUGUUGAAGACAAAGAAGGCAAUACUCUAUUAAUAAAAGCUUCAGAAAAGUCAGGUAUGAAAAAUGUUGUACAUGCUCUUCUAAAAGCAGGGGCAGAUGUCAAUAAACAAAAUGAGUACUGUGAAAGUGCUUUACAUGUUGCAAUCAGAGCUGGAUCUAUUGAAAUUGUGAAAGUCCUUUUGGAAUUUAAGGCGGAUAUCAAUUUAAAAGAUAGCACAGGACAGACACCUUUGUUUUGUGUAUUGUCAGAAAAAUAUAUGCAACUGAUAGAGUUAAUGUUAAAAAAUAAAGCGAAUGUAAACGAUGUAGAUAACAAAGGUAAUACUCCUUUGCUUCAUGUAUGUUCUUCAAGUUUUAACGACUCGGUUGAAGUUGUGAGACUUCUAAUAAAAGCAGGGGCAAGUGUCAACCAUCAAAACAAAGAAGGCUACACACCUCUGAUGUUAGCUGCCAAUGGUACACAGAUCAAAAGAAUUAAAUUGCUAUGUGAAUCAGGUGCUGAAGUCAAUUUAGUUAAUGAAAAGAAAAAAGAAACUGCUCUAUCUGCACUUAUUUACUGUGGUGUAAUUCAAUCAAUUGAUACAGAAAGUGUUAUCUGCCUUAUAGAAAACGGAGCUGAUAGUUCUUUUUUAAGCCCUGAUGUUAUUUAUCAAUUAAUUUUAAUUGAUGAGCAUGAUUGCCUAAAACACAUUAUAUCCCUGGGUUAUGGACCAAAAGAGGUUAACCAAACCUACUAUGAUAUUGAUAAUUUACCCAAGGGUUCUCCGUUUGUUGUUUCUCUAUGUUGUGGUUCCAGCAGUGUUGCUAGGUUUUUAAAUGAUAUUUGGUUUUUAACCCAGUCGGACAUUACAAGGCUUGCCCACAAUAAACAAUUAAGGGAAUCACUUGAGUCUUACCAAUUCAGGGAAUGUUUGAAGUUUUUGGAUGAGUAUCUAUCCCAACCCAUGCCUCUACAAAAACUCAGUUUUGUUGUUGUGUCGUCUGCUGUAGGUGAUGAUGGUGGGACUACUGGGAGAAAAGAACGGGUGAGAAAACUCCCAAUUCCAAAAAUAUUACAGGACAAGCUUCUGUUUAAACAUGCAGUGCAGGUUGAAUUGGCAGCUGACCCAGAGCCUCAGGAGAUGCCCAUGAUGUGGCGGGUAUCCGAAUUAAAUAGACAAUCUCGUUUGAUUUGAUGUGCUACACCAAGGAAUGGUUAAUGCUCUUACCUAUUUUAUUUGUUUUGUUAUGAACUUUGAUAGACAGUCUGGUUUGAUGUGCAUAGUAUUUUUUAAAAAUAUUAAUAAUAUUUUCCAUUAAAGAAUAAAGGAAAAAUACUUUUGAUUGAAAGUGACAUGUAAUAUAGGCUACACCAAGGAAUGGUUAAUGCUCUUACCUAUUUUAUUUGUUUUGUUAUGAACUUAGAUAGACAGUCUCAUUUGAUUUGAUGUGCAUAGUAUUUUUUUUUUAAAUAUUAAAGAUAUUUUCCAUUAAAGCAUAAAGGAAAGAUACUUUUGAUUGAAAGUGACAUGUAAUAUAGGCUACACCAAGGGAUGGUUAAUGGUCUUACCUAUUUUAUUUGUUUUGUUAUGAACUUAGAUAGACAGUCUGGUUUGAUUUGAUGUGCAUAGUAUUUUUUUUUUAAAUAUUAAUAAUAUUUUCCAUUAAAGAAUAAAGGAAAAAUACUUUUCAUUGAAAGUGACAGAUAAUAGGCUACAUCAAGGAAUGGUUUAUGCUCUUACCUAUUUUAUUUGUUUUGUUAUGAACUGUUAGAACCAUGUGAUUUGAUAACAUGAGCGUAUAAAAUUUUUUCUCAGGAAUUGUUUGGAAAAUAAUGGGUAACGUAAAUGUUUUGAAUUUCUUGACAAGUAAAUGUUUUGAAUUUCUUGACAAGUAUCUAUCUACAGAAAUUCAGCUGUAUUGUUGUGUUGUCUGCUCUAGGUGCUGAUGCUGGCAGAAAAGAACAGAUAAAAAAAACUACCGAAUAAACAAUUUAUGUUUUUUAAGCAUGCUCAAGAUGUGGAUAUUUAUUUUUGAGAAAUUCUUGUUGAACAAACAUUUAGACUUUGUUCCAAUAUCAAAUUUCAUUUGCAUUUUAUUUAAAAGUUGUCACUUCUAUUUGAUAUAAAUAUUUUUAUACUGCAUUUGUUUAGUUGUAUCAAGCUAGUCAUAUGUAACAUAUUACUUGUUUACAAUACAGGAAAUGACAUGUAACAUUUUAUAAUGUGUAAUUUUAGGCUACCUAAAUGUAUUCAAAUAAUGUUAAUAAAACCUUGAUGUAAAUAAGUAACAGUAACAUUUAAGAAUUUUAUGUUACCCAAAUUUAUUAAAAUAAUGUUAAUAAAACCUUGAUGUAAAUAAGUAACAUGUAACAAUUUUAUGUUACCCAAAUUUAUUAAAAUAAUGUUAAUAAAACCUUGAUAUAAAUAAGUAGUAAAUUAUCAUGAUGUAACAAACUUGUACCAGAUUAUGCUGUUCAGAAGUUUGAACCCAUGCACAGAGAUGGAAACUCUGAAUUUGAAAAUCUUUUCCAUGCCUUGAUAGAUUUAAUGGAUUAUGAGGUGUAAUAUGUUUACAGUUUAAG